AUAUAUAUUUCCCACAUUCGUUGCAAUGUCGCGAGCAUCCAAGUUAACUCUUGCAGCGACCUCAUUGGGCGCUGUUGGAAUCGUCAUCUUCGUUCACUAUUCACAGCGCGCAGAGAAGGCUGCAAUGCAUGCCGGCGUCAUCCGAGACUACGAACAGCAACGUGUGAAAAGGGAGAGACAAGCAGACUUUGAGAUGCAACAAGCACUGGAAAAAGAAUACCGUAAAGUUCAAACCGUUUCGGAUAGUGGAGGGCCCGAAGCCCCUGGAGGGACAGCACGAUAGUGAAGACUUGGAGGGUAUGACAUGGCAAUGCUGCUUAUUGUUACAACCGUCGUUGGUGGUAACGGUGAGAACGUUCUAUGCCCCUGACACUGCCCUAUGUCAAUCUACCUGGGGCGUACACAUCAUCUACCUCAGCCUGGUUCUGGUGUAAGG